UGCGCGCGCCGCCCGCGCUGCUGCCUCGCCCCGUCGCCCGCGGCGCAUGCGCGGCGGAGGGGCCGCUCGGAGAGGGAAUCCGCGGGGCGCGCGGCGGGGCGGGCGUCCUCUGUGCGUGCGAGCCGAAGUCCGAGGUGCUGUCCGGGGCUUGCAGGGCUGCGGUGGCUGGGUUCUGAGCUGCGCAGGCUUUUCUUUGGUGUCAGUCAUGCCCACCAGGGCCCCCUUGGACCCUGCAAGAGCAAUACGUUCAGGGACUACCUCUUUCCUUUACUUCAGCUUGAGGAAAAGCCUUGGUGUCACGACGUGGACCCAAGCAACCGCUGACCCACGGCGAGCAUCAGAUAUCCAGCAAAGGCUGAAGGAAGAGAAGGAAGCCAAGCGGGCCCGCCUGGACAGUAGGCAUGACUACUUAUUUGCCAUUGUGGCUUCCUGCGUGGACCUGAACAAAACUGAAGUGGAGGAGGCCAUUCUUGAGGGGAACCAGAUUGAAAGAAUUGAUCAGCUUUUUGCUGCUGGAGGUCUUCGGCACCUCAUGUUUUACUAUCAGGAUGUGGAGGUAGCAGAAACAGGACAACUUGGCUCUUCAGGGGGAGUGAAUCCUAUUUCUGGAAAGAUUAAAAAACCUAAGGUGUUUGUGACUGAGGGAAAAGAUGUAGCUCUUACCGGAGUAUGUGUGUUCUUCAUCAGGACUGACCCUUUGAGAGCCAUCACCCCUGAGAACAUCCAUCGGGAGGUGAGCUUUAAUAUGUUAGACACUGCAGAUGGGGGCCUGCUCAAUAGCAUGAGGCGUCUGCUGUCGGACAUCUUCAUUCCCACUCUCAGGGCCACAAGCCACGGCUGGCGUGAGCUUGAGGGUCUUCAGGACGCAUCCAGCAUCCAGCAGGAGUUCCUGAGCUCUCUGGAAGGCUUUGUAAGCGUCCUCUUGGGCGCACAGGAGAAUCUGAAAGAGAAGGUGAACCUUCAAAAGUGUGACAUACUUGAACUGAAAGCCCUAAAGGAACCAAUAGACUACUUGACUCUAGCUAAUAACCCCGAGACUUUGGCAAAAAUAGAAGGUUGUAUGAAAGUAUGGAUCAAACAGAUAGAACAGGUCCUUGCUGAGAACAAUCAGCUGCGGAAGGAAGCAGAUGACCUUGGGCCCCGAGCAGAGUUGCAGCACUGGAAAAAAAAACUGUCCAAAUUUAACUACCUUUUAGAUCAAUUAAAAAACCCAGAUGUGAAGGCUGUGCUGGCAGUGCUUGCCGCUGCCAAGUCGAAAGUUCUGAAGACCUGGCGGGAGAUGGAUAUUCGAAUCACUGAUAUAGCUAAUGAAGCGAAAGACAAUGUCAAAUACUUGUACACACUUGAAAAAUGCUGUGACCCCUUGUACAGUACUGACCCUAUUUCCAUGAUUGAUGCUAUCCCUACUCUUAUAAAUGCAAUUAAAAUGAUCUAUACUAUCUCUCAUUACUAUAAUACCUCCGAGAAGAUCACAUCUCUGUUUGUAAAGGUGACCAACCAGAUGAUAUCUGCAUGUAAAGCCUAUAUUACCAACAAUGGAACUGCUUCCAUCUGGAACCAGCCACAGGAUGUGGUUGUGGAAAAAAUAUUAUCUGCAAUUAAACUUAAGCAGGAAUACCAGCUCUGCUUUCACAAGACAAAACAAAAACUUAAACAAGAUCCAAAGGCAAAACAAUUUGAAUUUAGUGAGAUGUAUAUUUUUGGAAAAUUUGAAACUUUCCAUCGACGUCUUGCCAAGAUAAUAGACAUCUUUGCAACCUUCAAGACAUAUUCAGUCCUGCAAGACUCUAAAAUUGAAGGGCUGGAAGACUUGGUUACUAAAUGUCAGGGUAUUAUUGGCACCAUAAAGAGAAAGGAAUAUAACUUCUUAGAUCAGCGGAAAAUGGAAUUUGACCAGGAUUAUGAAGAGUUUUGCAAGCAGACUAAUGACCUUCAUAACGAGUUGCAGAAGUUCAUGGAUGUUACAUUCGAAAAGAUUCAAAACACAAAUCAAGCCCUAAAUAUGUUAAAGAAGUUUGAAAGAUUGAACAUACCUAAUCUUGGGAUUGAUGACAAAUACCGGCUAAUCCUUGUGAACUUCGGGGCUGACAUUGAUAUGAUCUCCAAGCUGUAUGCCAAGCAGAAAGGCGACCCUCCUUUGGCUCGAGAUCAGCCUCCCAUUGCUGGGAAGAUUCUGUGGGCCCGGCAGCUCUUCCACAGGGUUCAGCAGCCAAUGCAGCUUUUCCAGCAGCACCCAGCUGUGCUGCAGACAGCUGAAGCCAAGCCUGUGAUUCGCAGGUACAAUAGGGUGGCCAAGGCCCUCCUGGAAUUUGAGGUUCUCUACCACAGGGCCUGGCUUCAACAGACUGAAGAACUUCACCUGGGACUUGAGGCUUCUUUAUUGGUGAAGGCUCCAGGCACGGGGAAAUUGUUUGUGAACUUUGACCCGCAGAUACUCACCCUGUUUAGAGAAACAGAGUGCAUGUCACAGAUGGGUCUGGAAGUUUCACUGUUUGCAGCUGCACUUUUCCAGAAACGGGAUACGUAUAAAAAGAACUUCAGUAACAUGAAGAUGAUGCUAUCUGAAUAUCAGAGAGUGAAGUCAAAAAUGCCUCCCAUCAUACAGCAACUGAUGGUCCCUCAUUUGGCCAAAGUGGAUGACGCUCUCCAACCUGGCUUGGCUGCACUGACCUGGGCAUCACUGAACAUUGAGGUGUACUUAAAAAACGCUUUUGCAAAGAUCAAUGACCUGGAAUUGCUGCUCGACAGGGUCAAUGAUCUGAUUGAGUUCCGCAUCUAUGCCAUUCUAGAAGAAAUGAGUAACACACCCCUUUGUCAACUCCCCCAGGAGGAGCCACUUACCUGUGAAGAGUUUCUCCAAAUGACAAAGAACCUUUGUGUAAAUGGUGCUCAGAUACUACAUUUUAAAAGCUCAUUAGUGGAGGAAGCAGUCAAUGAGCUAAUAAAUAUGUUGCUGGAUGUGAAAGUUCCAUCUAAAGAAGAAAGUGAAAAAGUAUCCAAUCUGAAUAGUGCUGAUUCAAAAAAUGAAAGUUCAGGCCUCCUACCUUUGUCGACAAUCAUUAGAAAGAAGAAAGAGGCUGAGAUGUUAGAGGAAGAAGCCUGCGAGUUACUCUCUCAUUUUAACCAUCAGAAUGUGGACGCUCUCCUGAAAGUUACAAGAAAUACACUAGAGGCUAUCCGGAAGCGUAUCCAUGCCUCCAACACCAUUAAUUUCCGGGGCAGUAACAGUGCAUCUAAGAUGAAGCAGAACAGUCUGUCCAUUUUCCGGGCAAGCAUCACUCUGGCUAUUCCCAACAUCGCCAUGACCCCGGCCCUGGAGGAUGUACAGCAGGCGUUGAACAGAGCGGUGGAGUGCAUCGUCAACGUCACCAAGGGGGUUAGACAGUGGAGCGGCGAGCUGCUGUCCAAGAAAAAGAUGCAUGAGAGAAAAAUGGCUGCUUUGCAAAAUAACGAAGACAAUGAUUCUGAAGUUGAAAUGGGAGAAAACGAGCCUCAAGAUACCUUUGAGAUAGCAUCUGUAAACUUACCCAUUCCCGUGCAAACCAGGAACUAUUAUAAGAAUGUUUCUGACAACAAAGAGAUUGUAAAAUUAGUGUCUGUGCUUAGCACAAUCAUCAACUCCACCAAAAAGGAAGUUAUCAAAUCCAUGGAUUGCUUCAAAUGCUACAAUCAUAUUUGGCAAAAAGAGAAAGAAGAAACCAUUACGGCAUUAAUGAUGAAAACCCCCUUGCUUUCUGAAUUUGAAUCCCAGAUUCUCUAUUUCCAAAACCUAGAGCAGGAGAUUAAUGCUGAGCCUGAGUGUAUCUGUGUGGGUGCCAUCGCUCUGUACACAGCUGACCUGAAGUUUACGCUGACGGCUGAGACAAAGGCCUGGAUGCUUGUCAUUGGCCGUCACUGUAACAAAAAAUAUGGGAAUGAGAUGGAAAACAUUUUUACACUCGUCGAGGAAUUCAAUAAGAAGCUGAAUCGUCAAAUUAAAGACCUAGAUGACAUUCGGAUUGCGAUGGCAACACUGAAAGAAAUCAGGGAGCAGCAAAUCUCCAUUGACUUUCAAGUAGCACCUAUCGAGGAAUCCUAUGCUCUGCUUAACAAAUACGGGCUUCUGAUAGCAAAGGAAGAGAUGGACAAAGUGGAUACUCUACGAUAUGCUUGGGAGAAGCUCCUGGCACGUGCUAGUGAAGUUCAGAAUGAAUUGGUCACUCUGCAGCCUGGUUUUAGGAAAGAGCUUAUUAGCACCGUGGAGGUCUUCCUCCAAGACUGUCACCAGUUCUAUUCGGACUAUGAUUUGAAUGGUCCAAUGGCUAGUGGCUUAAAGCCCCAGGAAGCCAGUGAUAGGCUUAUCAUGUUUCAGAAUCAAUUUGAUAAUCUAUACCGGAAAUACAUCACCUAUACAGGGGGAGAGGAACUUUUUGGUCUGCCAGUUACAAAGUAUCCUCAGCUCCUUGAAAUAAAGAAGCAACUAAAUCUUCUACAGAAAAUAUACACUCUGUACAACAGUGUCAUUGAAACUGUAAAUAGCUAUCAUGAUAUCCUUUGGUCAGAAGUGAAUAUUGAAAAAAUCAACAGUGAACUUUUAGAGUUCCAGAACAGGUGUCGGAAGCUGCCCAGGGCCUUGAAGGACUGGCAGGCUUUCUUGGAUCUGAAGAAGACCAUUGAUGAUUUCAGCGAGUGUUGCCCGCUGCUGGAGCACAUGGCCAGUAAGGCCAUGAUGGAGAGGCACUGGGAAAGGAUAGCUGCUCUCACUGGGCACAGUCUGGAUGUGGGCAAUGAAACUUUUAAGUUAAGAAAUAUCAUGGAGGCACCUCUUCUGAAAUACAAAGAGGAAAUAGAGGACAUCUGUAUCAGUGCAGUGAAAGAGAGAGACAUUGAGCAAAAGCUGAAGCAAGUGAUCAAUGAAUGGGACAACAAAACAUUCACCUUUGGCAGCUUUAAAACCCGUGGAGAGCUCCUUCUGCGAGGAGAUGGGACCUCAGAAAUCAUCGCCAACAUGGAGGACAGCUUGAUGUUGCUGGGCUCAUUGCUUAGCAACAGGUACAAUAUGCCAUUCAAAGCUCAGAUUCAAAAAUGGGUGCAGUACCUUUCCAACUCAACGGACAUCAUUGAGAACUGGAUGAUGGUGCAAAACUUGUGGAUUUACUUAGAAGCUGUCUUUGUGGGAGGAGAUAUUGCCAAGCAGCUUCCCAAGGAAGCCAAGCGCUUUUCCAAUAUAGAUAAAUCGUGGGUGAAGAUCAUGACUCGGGCACGUGAAAUGCCAAAUGUGGUUCAGUGUUGUGUCGGAGAUGAGACCAUGGGGCAGCUCUUGCCACACUUGCUGGACCAGUUGGAAAUGUGCCAGAAAUCCCUUACUGGAUACUUGGAGAAAAAACGACUCUGCUUUCCUCGGUUCUUCUUCGUCUCGGACCCUGCCCUUCUGGAGAUUCUGGGACAGGCAUCAGACACGCACACUAUACAAGCCCAUUUGCUGAAUGUGUUUGACAACAUCAAAACUGUCAAGUUCCACGAAAAGGUCUAUGAUCGCAUUCUGUCAAUUUCCUCUCGAGAGGGCGAGACAAUUGAACUGGAUAAACCUGUGAUGGCAGAGGGCAAUGUGGAAGUUUGGCUUAAUUCUCUCUUGGAGGAAUCUCAGUCCUCAUUACAUCUUGUGAUUCGCCAGGCAGCUGCAAAUAUUCAAGAAACAGGUUUCCAGCUGAUUGAAUUUCUUUCUUCCUUCCCUGCUCAGGUUGGAUUAUUAGGAAUUCAAAUGAUAUGGACACGAGAUUCGGAGGAAGCCCUUAGAAAUGCCAAAUUCGAUAAAAAAAUCAUGCAGAAAACCAAUCAGUCUUUCCUGGAGCUACUGAAUACAUUGAUAGACAUCACAACACAGGAUCUGACUUCCAUGGAACGAGUGAAAUAUGAGACUUUGAUUACUAUUCAUGUGCACCAAAGGGAUAUCUUCAAUGACCUGUGUCACAUGCAUAUCAAGAGCCCUACAGACUUUGAGUGGCUGAAACAGUGCAGAUUUUAUUUUAAUGAAGAUUCUGACAAGAUGAUGAUUCACAUCACAGAUGUGGCUUUCAUUUACCAGAACGAAUUUUUAGGCUGCACUGACAGGCUUGUCAUAACUCCACUCACAGACAGGUGUUACAUCACACUGGCUCAAGCGCUGGGAAUGAGCUUGGGCGGCGCUCCUGCUGGACCCGCGGGAACAGGCAAAACAGAAACUACUAAAGACAUGGGACGCUGUCUUGGAAAAUACGUCGUGGUUUUCAAUUGCUCAGACCAGAUGGAUUUCCGAGGACUUGGAAGGAUUUUUAAAGGACUGGCACAGUCUGGGUCCUGGGGUUGUUUUGAUGAAUUCAACCGUAUCGAUCUACCUGUUCUCUCAGUGGCUGCGCAGCAAAUUUCCAUCAUUCUGACAUGUAAAAAGGAGCAUAAAAAAUCUUUUAUUUUUACUGAUGGUGAUAACGUGACGAUGAACCCUGAGUUUGGGCUUUUUCUAACCAUGAAUCCUGGCUAUGCUGGGCGGCAGGAACUCCCUGAAAACUUGAAGAUUAACUUCCGCUCUGUAGCCAUGAUGGUCCCUGACCGUCAGAUUAUCAUAAGGGUGAAGCUGGCUAGUUGUGGCUUCAUUGACAACAUUGUUCUGGCCAGGAAGUUUUUCACGCUCUACAAGCUGUGUGAGGAGCAGCUUUCUAAGCAGGUACAUUAUGACUUUGGUCUGCGUAACAUUCUGUCAGUUUUGAGGACAUUGGGAGCAGCAAAGAGAGCCAGCCCCACAGACACAGAGUCCACGAUCGUCAUGCGUGUGCUUCGAGACAUGAAUCUUUCUAAACUGAUUGAUGAGGAUGAACCCUUAUUUUUGAGUUUGAUUGAAGAUCUCUUCCCAAAUAUUCUUCUGGACAAGGCAGGUUACCCUGAACUGGAAACAGCAAUUACUAGACAGGUUGAGGGAGCUGGUUUAAUUAACCAUCCCCCUUGGAAGCUGAAAGUCAUCCAGCUGUUUGAAACCCAGAGAGUGCGGCAUGGAAUGAUGACCCUGGGGCCUAGUGGGGCAGGAAAAACCACCUGCAUCCACACCUUGAUGAGAGCCAUGACAGAUUGUGGAAAAGUGCACCGGGAAAUGAGGAUGAAUCCCAAAGCGAUCACAGCCCCACAGAUGUUUGGUCGGCUUGACGUGGCCACGAAUGACUGGACUGAUGGGAUAUUUUCUACGCUUUGGAGGAAAACACUGAGGGCUAAGAAAGGGGAGCAUAUCUGGAUAGUUCUUGAUGGUCCAGUAGAUGCCAUCUGGAUUGAAAAUCUGAAUUCCGUUUUGGAUGAUAACAAAACGCUAACCCUGGCCAACGGCGAUCGGAUUCCCAUGGCUCCAAACUGCAAGAUUGUUUUUGAACCUCACAACAUUGACAAUGCUUCGCCUGCUACUGUCUCAAGAAAUGGAAUGGUUUUCAUGAGUUCUUCUCUCUUGGACUGGAGUCCUAUUCUUGAGGGUUUUCUUAAAAAGCGCUCUCCCCAAGAAGCUGAAAUUCUUCGUCAACUAUACACCAAGUCUUUUCCCGACCUGUAUCGCUUCAGUAUUCAGAACUUAGAAUACAAGAUGGAGACGCUUGAGGCCUUUGUAAUUAUGCAAAGCAUUAACAUGCUUCAGGGACUCAUCCCUCCGAAGGAGCAAGGUGUGGAGGCCACCGCAGAGCACCUGGGGAGGCUGUACGUGUUCUCCCUGAUGUGGAGCAUCGGGGCGCUGCUGGAGCCGGAUGGCCGGCGCCGCGUGGAGCACUGGCUGCGGGCCCCGGAGACGCCCGACUUGGACCUGCCGCCUCCAGCGGGCACCGACGACACUAUGUUUGACUAUUACGUCACCUCCGAUGGUGAAUGGAUGCACUGGAACACACGUACCGAGGAGUAUGUGUAUCCAUCUGAUGUCACCCCAGAAUACGGCUCCAUCCUGGUCCCAAAUGUUGACAAUGUGAGGACUGACUUUCUAAUUAAAACCAUAGCCAAACAGGGCAAGGCUGUGCUGUUAAUUGGUGAACAAGGAACAGCCAAAACUGUCAUAAUCAAAGGAUUUAUGUCAAAAUAUGAUCCUGAAAGUCACAUGAUCAAAAGUCUGAACUUCUCUUCUGCAACAACUGCACUGAUGUUUCAGAGGACAAUAGAGAGCUAUGUGGAUAAACGCAUGGGUACAACAUAUGGCCCUCCUGCAGGAAAGAAGAUGACUGUUUUUAUUGAUGAUGUGAACAUGCCUAUAAUCAAUGAGUGGGGAGAUCAGGUUACUAAUGAGAUAGUACGACAGCUGAUGGAACAGAAUGGAUUUUAUAACCUGGAGAAGCCUGGGGAGUUUACCAGCAUUGUGGACAUCCAGCUUUUGGCAGCCAUGAUCCAUCCUGGGGGUGGACGCAAUGAUAUUCCUCAACGACUCAAGAGGCAGUUCUCUAUAUUUAACUGCACUUUGCCCUCUGAUGCUUCCAUGGACAAGAUAUUUGGUGUGAUUGGCAUAGGCUACUACUGUACUCAAAGGGGUUUCUCAGAGGAAGUGAGGGAUUCAGUGAUGAAAUUGGUUCCCAUGACACGCCGGCUAUGGCAAAUGACUAAGACUAAAAUGCUCCCCACCCCUGCAAAGUUCCAUUAUGUAUUUAACCUUCGAGACCUUUCUCGGAUCUGGCAGGGAAUGCUGAACACCACUUCAGAAGUUACCAGGGAACCAAAUGAACUGCUCAGGUUGUGGAAGCAUGAGUGUAAACGUGUCAUAGCCGACCGCUUCACGGUCUCUGACGAUGUGACCUGGUUUGAUAAGGCUUUGGCCAGUUUGGUGGGGGAAGAGUUUGGUGAAGAGAAAAAACCCUUGGUGGAUUGUGGAAUUGAUGCUUACUUUGUGGAUUUCUUGAGGGAUGCACCUGAAGCUACAGGUGAAACAUCUCAGGAGGCUGAUGCUGAAAUGCCCAAAAUUUAUGAGUCAGCUGAAUCUUUUGAUCACCUAAAGGAGCGUUUGAACAUGUUCCUGCAGCUCUAUAAUGAGAGCAUCCGUGGCGUGGGCAUGGAUUUGGUGUUCUUUGCAGAUGCGAUGGUUCACUUAGUCAAGAUCUCACGUGUCAUUCGUACCCCCCGAGGCAAUGCCCUCCUGGUGGGAGUGGGAGGAUCUGGAAAGCAGAGCCUGACGAGGUUGGCUUCGUUCAUUGCUGGCUAUACUUCCUUCCAGAUCACACUGACGAGAUCCUACAAUGCAACAAAUCUGAUGGAAGACCUGAAGAUUUUGUACAGAACGGCCGGUCAGCAAGGCAAAGGAAUCACUUUUAUUUUCACGGAUAAUGAGAUUAAGGAUGAGUCAUUUCUGGAAUAUAUGAACAAUGUUUUAUCAUCUGGGGAGGUCUCCAACCUAUUUGCUCGUGAUGAAAUUGAUGAAAUUAAUAGUGAUCUCAUAUCAGUCAUGAAAAAAGAAUUCCCUAGGCGCCCCCCAACCAAUGAGAACCUGUACGACUACUUCAUGAGUCGGACUAGACAGAACCUUCACAUUGUGCUCUGCUUUUCGCCAGUGGGGGAGAAAUUUCGAAACCGAGCCUUGAAGUUUCCUGCCCUCAUCUCAGGAUGCACCAUUGACUGGUUCAGCCGAUGGCCUAAGGAUGCCCUAGUUGCUGUGUCUGAGCACUUCCUCUCUUCCUAUGACAUUGACUGCAGUUUGGACACCAAGAAGGAGGUGGUCCACUGCAUGGGCUCCUUCCAGGAUGGGGUAGCUGAGAAGUGUGUGGAUUAUUUCCAGAGAUUCCGACGUUCUACCCAUGUGACCCCCAAGUCAUACCUCUCCUUUAUUCAGGGCUACAAGUUCAUAUAUGGAGAAAAGCAUGUGGAAGUGCAAACUCUGGCCAACAGGAUGAAUACUGGAUUGGAAAAGCUAAAAGAAGCUUCGGAGUCUGUUGCAGCCUUAAGCAAAGAGCUGGAAGUGAAGGAAAAGGAGCUGCAAGUGGCCAAUGAGAAAGCCGACACGGUCUUAAAAGAAGUGACCAUGAAAGCACAGGCUGCUGAAAAGGUCAAGGCUGAGGUGCAGAAGGUGAAGGACAAAGCCCAGGCCAUUGUAGACAGCAUCUCUAAAGAUAAAGCCAUUGCAGAAGAAAAACUGGAAGCAGCAAAACCAGCUUUAGAAGAAGCAGAGGCAGCGCUGCAGACCAUCAAGCCUUCUGACAUUGCCACUGUCCGAACGUUGGGGCGACCCCCUCAUCUCAUCAUGAGGAUCAUGGAUUGUGUCCUGUUACUGUUUCAAAGGAAAGUCAACGCAGUGAAAAUUGACCUGGAAAAAAGCUGUACAAUUCCUGCCUGGCAGGAAUCUUUAAAACUGAUGACUGCAGGAAACUUUUUACAGAAUUUACAGCAAUUCCCGAAAGACACAAUCAAUGAAGAAGUGAUAGAAUUUUUGAAUCCUUACUUUGAGAUGGCAGACUAUAAUAUUGAAACGGCUAAACGCGUGUGUGGGAAUGUAGCUGGUCUCUGUUCCUGGACCAAAGCCAUGGCUUCCUUCUUUUCUAUAAACAGAGAGGUGUUGCCUCUGAAGGCCAACUUGGUGGUGCAGGAGAAUCGCUACGUCUUGGCCAUGCAGGACCUGCAGAAGGCCCAGGCCGAGCUGGACGACAAGCAAGCAGAGCUGGAUGUGGUGCAGGCUGAGUACGAACAGGCCAUGAUGGAGAAGCAGACCUUGCUCGAAGAUGCCGAACGGUGCAGAUCUAAGAUGCAGACUGCUUCUGCACUGAUCGGUGGCUUGGCAGGAGAAAAACAGAGAUGGACGGAACAAAGUAAAGAGUUUGCUGCACAAACAAAAAGACUUGUAGGGGAUGUACUGUUAGCUACGGCUUUUCUGUCUUAUUCUGGUCCAUUUAACCAAGAAUUUCGCAAUCAGCUGUUAAAUGACUGGAAGAAGGAAAUGAAAGCCCGGGAAAUCCCAUUUGGAGACAAUCUAAAUCUCAACGAGAUGUUGAUUGAUGCUCCUACUAUUAGUGAAUGGAACCUCCAAGGUCUGCCAAACGACGACCUGUCCAUUCAGAAUGGAAUUAUCGUCUCAAAGGCAUCUCGCUAUCCUCUGCUAAUUGAUCCACAGACUCAAGGCAAGAUCUGGAUUAAAAAUAAAGAGAGCCAAAGUGAACUCCAGAUCACAUCUCUAAAUCACAAGUACUUCAGGAACCACCUGGAGGACAGUCUUUCUCUCGGAAGGCCCUUGCUCAUUGAAGAUGUUAGGGAGGAGCUAGAUCCCGCCCUGGAUAACGUUUUGGAGAGAAACUUCAUUAAGACUGGGUCUACCUUUAAGGUAAAAGUUGGUGACAAGGAAGUAGAUGUGAUGGAUGGCUUCAGACUCUACAUCACCACCAAAUUGCCCAACCCAGCCUACACCCCUGAAAUAAGUGCUCGGACCUCCAUCAUUGACUUCACAGUCACUAUGAAAGGGCUAGAAGAUCAGUUACUGGGGAGGGUCAUUCUCACCGAGAAGCAGGAAUUGGAGAAAGAAAGAACUUAUCUUAUGGAAGACGUAACUGCAAACAAAAGAAAGAUGAAGGAGCUGGAAGACAAUUUGCUUUACCGUUUGACAAGCACCCAGGGGUCCCUGGUGGAUGACGAGAGUCUCAUUGUUGUGUUGAGCAACACGAAAAAGACAGCUGAGGAGGUGACACAGAAGCUGGGAAUUUCAGCAGAGACAGAAAUUCAGAUUAACUCAGCCCGGGAGGAAUACAGACCUGUUGCUACACGGGGCAGCAUCCUCUACUUCCUCAUCACCGAGAUGCGCUUGGUUAAUGAGAUGUACCAGACUUCGCUACGCCAGUUUCUUGGCUUGUUUGACCUUUCCUUAGCCAGGUCUGUCAAGAGCCCAAUUACAAGCAAGAGGAUUGCUAAUAUCAUUGAGUACAUGACCUAUGAGGUUUAUAAGUAUGCUGCUCGGGGCUUGUAUGAGGAGCACAAAUUCCUAUUCACCUUGCUGCUUACCCUGAAGAUUGACAUCCAGAGGAACCGAGUCAAGCAUGAAGAGUUUCUCACCCUUAUUAAAGGCGGUGCCUCUUUGGACCUUAAAGCUUGUCCUCCUAAACCAUCUAAAUGGAUCCUGGACAUGACCUGGCUGAAUUUGGUGGAACUCAGCAAACUCAGACAGUUUUCAGAUGUCCUUGAUCAGAUAUCAAGAAAUGAGAAAAUGUGGAAAAUUUGGUUUGAUAAGGAAAACCCUGAGGAGGAACCUCUUCCAAAUGCCUAUGAUAAAUCCCUUGACUGUUUUAGACGCCUUCUCCUUGUCAGGUCCUGGUGUCCUGACCGAACCAUCGCCCAGGCCCGCAAGUACAUCAUGGACUCCAUGGGAGAAAAGUACGCAGAAGGGGUGAUCUUGGACUUGGAGAAAACGUGGGAGGAAUCCGAUCCACGGACACCACUCAUCUGCCUCCUGUCUAUGGGCUCAGACCCCACGGACUCCAUCAUCGCCUUGGGGAAGAGAUUAAAAAUAGAAACCCGUUAUGUGUCCAUGGGCCAAGGUCAGGAGGUCCACGCCCGCAAGCUCUUGCAGCAGACCAUGGCGAACGGUGGGUGGGCACUUCUGCAGAACUGCCACCUGGGACUCGAUUUCAUGGAUGAGCUCAUGGAUAUAAUCACAGAAAGUGAGACUGUGCAUGAUGCUUUCCGCCUGUGGAUGACCACCGAAGUUCAUAGGCACUUUCCCAUUACGCUCCUUCAGAUGGCCAUUAAAUUUGCCAAUGAGCCUCCACAGGGCCUCCGAGCAGGACUGAAGAGAACAUAUGGCGGUGUCAGCCAGGACCUGCUGGAUGUGGUCACGGUGGCCCAGUGGAAGCCUAUGCUGUACACAGUGGCUUUUCUGCACUCCACGGUCCAGGAGAGGCGGAAAUUUGGCCCUCUGGGGUGGAACAUCCCUUAUGAAUUUAAUCAAGCUGACUUUAAUGCCACUGUGCAGUUCAUCCAAAACCACUUAGACGACAUGGAUAUCAAAAAGGGUGUCUCCUGGAGCACCGUUCGCUACAUGAUAGGAGAGAUUCAAUAUGGAGGCAGAGUCACUGAUGACUAUGAUAAGAGACUGUUGAACACAUUUGCUAAGGUGUGGUUCAGUGAAAACAUGUUUGGACCGGAUUUCAGCUUUUCUCGAGGAUACACUAUUCCAAAGUGCAACACGGUGGAUAACUACCUUCAAUUUAUACAGAGCUUGCCCACCUGUGACAGCCCCGAGGUGUUCGGGCUGCAUCCCAAUGCGGACAUCACCUACCAGAGCAAGCUGGCCAGGGACGUGCUGGACACCACCCUGGGCAUCCAGCCCAAGGACAGCUCUGGAGGAGGGGAUGAGACCCGGGAGGCUGUGGUGGCCCGGCUGGCUGAUGACAUGCUGGAAAAACUGCCCCCGGACUAUAGCCCAUUCGAAGUAAAGGAGAGGCUGCAAAAGAUGGGGCCAUUCCAGCCGAUGAACAUUUUCCUCAGGCAGGAGGUAGACAGGAUGCAAAGGGUACUCACCCUGGUCCGAAGCACACUGACUGAGCUAAAACUUGCUAUUGACGGCACCAUCAUCAUGAGUGAAAAUCUACGAGAUGCUCUGAAUUGCAUGUUUGAUGCCAGAAUUCCAGCUCGGUGGAAAAAAGCAUCGUGGCUUUCAAGUACACUGGGUUUCUGGUUUACUGAACUUGUCGAAAGGAACUGCCAGUUUACCUCUUGGGUUUUCAGUGGCCGACCCCACUGCUUCUGGAUGACAGGCUUUUUUAACCCCCAAGGAUUUUUAACUGCAAUGCGACAGGAAAUUACUCGGGCCAACAAAGGCUGGGCCCUGGACAACAUGGUACUUUGCAACGAAGUCACCAAGUGGAUGAAGGAUGACAUUUCUGCCCCUCCCACAGAGGGUGUCUAUGUCUAUGGCUUGUACCUUGAAGGUGCUGGCUGGGACAAGAGGAACAUGAAACUCAUUGAGUCCAAACCAAAAGUGCUCUUUGAGUUGAUGCCUGUCAUAAGGAUUUAUGCAGAAAACAAUACUUUAAGAGAUCCUCGAUUUUACUCCUGCCCCAUUUAUAAGAAGCCAGUCCGAACAGACUUGAACUACAUCGCCGCAGUGGACCUCAGGACGGCCCAAGCCCCUGAACACUGGGUGCUCCGUGGGGUUGCCCUUCUUUGUGAUGUCAAGUAACAUGGGGCAUUUCCCCCACCCACUUUGGAAAACGCAGAAGACACGUGAUCAUAACCUUCUUCUCUGAGUGUUGGACAAUGUGUAAAUCAGGUGGAUCAUGCCAUUAAUGAGUGGCACAGGUUUUUCCCUACUCCUUAGUUGGGUGCUGAAUUAUAUUUAACCUGUGUCAUCAUUAAUGACCAAUCACUGUGUUUGUUGAAAAGUUGUUUGGUGAUUUAAGAGUACAAUUUGGAGCCUCCUAAUGAAGUGUGGCCCUCAAAUCCACAGGAAGCUGUCUUCCUCUUCCCUGAACUCUAUAGACCGACUGGGUUAAAUGACGUUAUUUCCCUCAAAGGGAUUAUUUUCCUGUUAAAGUGAUGCUGGUGACAGAGCAGUUCUCUAAGAUAAUAGAGUAAGUCUGCUGAUUUUGCUUCCAUUGCAUUUUGCAUUAGGCCAGGUUAUGAGACGUGUUUUCAUGGCUCAAGCAGUCAUUUACAAAGACCUUAUACAAAAUGGAAGGAAAUGGAUGGGUUAAGAAUAUGAAUAGAAAGUUCAUAUAAUCCUAUAAACAUAGAAUGUUCAACCCCAUUGAUAAUUGAUAAUGAGAUAGUAACAGGUAUCUGUUACAAAAGAAAUUAAAGCUAAAAGUGAAUUGUGGUGAUGUCUUUGUAAAAGUGAUACACUCACAGAUCCCUACAGCAAUGUAAAUCAACCCAUCCUUCUUGUAAGAUAAUUAAAUAGGUAAGCACAGAAAGAGCCUUAAAAAUAUUCACAUGCUUUGAUCCUUAUUUUCUCUCCUAUACCAGAAAUAGACCUGGUUAUAGACUGAGCCAGCAACAUAAAAGACUAAAAUAAUUAUAUAUAAAAGUGUGUUUGAUAGUAAAAAAAUAUUGGAAAUGCCCUAACUGUUCAAUAAUACACAUGUGCUUACUGAAAUUAGGCGAUAUAAGGCAACCACAAAAAACAAUAUGGAAGAUUUCAUAACAUGGACAUGGUAAGCAUGUACUAUCAGGUGAAAGAUAAAGUCAAAAAAAUAUAGAGUACAUGGUGAUUAUAACUUUAAAAUAUAUUCGCAUGUGGACAAAGAGCAGGAGAUAACAUGGACAGUUAAACACAGAUGUUAUCACAUGGUAAAGGUUUUAGUUGACUCAAAAAGAUGUAAUGAUUGGAAGAAAAAAAUAGGGAAAGAAGUCUUAGAUGGUGUGUGGGGAUUUUACAUGGACUUUUCUCAAUUAAGAAAAUACUAAGGAACUUUGCAUAUAGUUUUAUUCUCAGUUAUGGUUAAAAAUUGUAAAGUGCUUCAUCUAUAACCUACUGACUAGAAAACUUGGUCCAUAUUAAGUUAGAAUUGUGUUUUACAAACCUUUGGUUAACUUCAGAUUGGCGUCAUUUUGUGUUUUUGGUGGUAAAGUGUUCUAUGGGGAGGAAGGGCUAUAGGAGACAGGUUGGACCCUUCUCACUAGGCUUUGUUCUGUGAUGAGUAUCAUUUUAUGCUAAUUAUGAUGAAAGGCCCGAGUGGCUUAUGUGACACCUGUCUGUCUUGUAUGACACCAUUUUCAUUCGAGCAGCUUCUUUUGGUCUGAAUUAAUAUGUAUCAGUUGAUCUGCGUGAGUUGUGAUAAGACAAUCAUUUUAUUUUGGAGAAGAAAUAGUAAAAAUGUAAAAAUUAUGUGAAUUAAUAAAACGUUGUUA